GGGAUUGGAGGAGAAGCCAGGGGAGGCGGGCGUUGCCCUUAGCUUGCACUGCAGAACCGGAGCUUCCAGCUGAGCGAGCGGGAGGCGUCCCCCGCGGGCAGUCGCAGGGGUGCCUCCUCGGGAGUAAGACGCGCUGGGCCCCCUGGGAUUUGCUCCCAGAGGUGGCAACAGCUCUAGAAAAGGAUUCUUGUGCUUCUCCAUCUCUACACUGACUUCAGAAUGGAUCUUGGAGGAGGCGGCGGUGGCCGAAUCCCUUAUGACGACUACCCGGUGGUGUUCCUCCCUCCCUAUGAAAGCCCCCCAACCUGGAUCCCUCCUCAUGAGAGAAUUUACCAUUCUGAUUAUAACAACGAGCUGACCCAGUUCCUGCCUCGUACCAUUGUGCUGAAGAAACCUCCAGGGGCUCAGCUGGGCUUUAACAUCCGAGGAGGAAAAGCAUCCCAACUGGGGAUAUUUAUUUCUAAGGUGAUCCCAGAUUCCGAUGCGCACCGAGCAGGCUUGCAGGAGGGAGACCAGGUUCUGGCAGUCAAUGACGUAGACUUCCAGGACAUUGAGCACGGCAAGGCUGUAGAGAUCCUGAAAACGGCUCGGGAAAUUAUCAUGAGAGUCCGUUUCUUUCCUUACAAUUACCAGAGGCAGAAGGAGAGAACAGUUCACUAGCCACCCCUUCCCAGCUGCAAUCUCCUUUAUGCAGAGAAUCCAGCAACCUCCCACGAAAUUUUUUUUUAAAAAUUCUGUUCAACAAUGCAAGUGGCCCUCCUUUUCUACUGUGGGCUCCUGCUUGGUCCAGAGCGGGUGAUGGUGGUGCAGAACUUUCUUUUGGGGUGGGGUGGGAGUUCCUGCAGAGAAGGGCACCUUAUUUCACAGCACAGGGAACACUUUUGAGGCUUCAUCGGUCCAUUACCUCAGCCAGGAAACAGAUGUACAUCUGUGGAGGAUGCUGAAACCGAAAUCCUUUCCUAGGCACCGAGAGAUGUUUUAUUUAGGAGAUUCUUUCAUAGCUGUGUUUGUUUUUCCUGAGAGAGGAGGAGGAGGAGGAGAAAGCAUUGGGCAUAGGAGCAAACUGGGGGCUUCUAGGCAGAAGCCUUUUUUGGGUAGGUGUUGAGCCUACAGGAGUCCAUUCAGCUUAAAGCUUUUGUUGGAUUCUGCCAAUCUGAGUGGCAUAGGAAUCUGCAUAGCUGCUAGCUGUGGAAUAUGGUAGCAGAAGAAUUAAUAGUUUGCACAGACUCCUGGGAGCAAUUGGUUGGUUAUUUUGCAAAAUAAGUUCCUAGUCCUUGUGGAGAAAUACUGGGGUGAGGAGAGUGAGGUUGCUUCUUUUGAAAAUGCAGACAUGGCAGGAGGAAGUCUCCAAGAGGGAGGGUGGGUUUUAAACAUAGACAUAUCUCCCUUUCCCUACAUUCCUGUUGCUAACUUAGAUCAGUUAUUUAUUUAAGCAAUCCAUUUUCAAAAUAUUGCUUAUUCAUGCACACACAGAGCAAUCUCUCUCUCACACACACAGAUGCUUCUUUUAGAAAGUGGAAACUCAGAUGGUUCAGGAUUCUGUAGAAAGUGCUGGUGCUCCAUUAAUUAACGUGUUCCCAUUGAGGCAGAGCAACAGAUCCACGCACAGCCCUAGCUUGCUAAGGCAUGCUGGAAUUGUGACUUUUGUAUGUAAUCCGUUUAGAUACUAUAGUUAUCUGAUGUGGUGGUGGGCAAGGGUUUCUGCAUUCCAUUGUAGGGUUUAUUUGCUGCCUUCAGUUGUUCUACCUCUUCUCCCAGCAGAGGUGUCAUUUUUUGGAUAGGGUUUAAUUAGCUUGAGCUUCAGUCUUCCAGGAGGCGAGGCAAGGAAGCCGAGUCAGACACACUCCUCACUUUGCCAGAGGCUAGUCCAGAAAGCCUGCUGCUCCUGUCUCAUGACCUCUUGGUUUUGAUCUUCCGGAAGAGGGCAGAAGUGAAGGCAGGCCCUGCCCUGUCUUCGGGAAAGAAGAGCUGAGAUGGACUCAGAUUCAGAAGUUGCUAGUAAAAAGGGUUUGGAAGGAAUCCUUUAGGUUAUUUUUGUCUGGCAGGUUCUAUUCAAGGUCAUCUGAGCAGUGAUGUGUUCUCUCUUUGUGCUGGAUUUUGCUCUGAUAACCCUUGUUUGGAAAAGCCUCGCCCUUUAAUAAAAUAUAAGUCACGA